GAAAAAAUCAAAAACCAAUUGCUCUUUGGCCGCGCGACAAGCAUAAUUUCGGGACUCGCGAAAGGUGACGGAAUAAAACCAGUGCGAUCUAAGGCAAAGCGUGUCUAUGUAGAUGUGAGCGAGGUCUUGUCAUUUUUGUAUGUAAAUUGAAUUCAGCCGCCUUUAAGACGCAACAAUGCUGUAAUACAUUUGGAUUUUAAAUGUUGAAAGUCAAACAAAUUUAUAUCGUGUGCGUCGUGAAUGUUGAUUGUAAUUGUGCUUCCAAUUUUUAUGAUAAAUCUUCAUUGUGUAUGUGAAUGUGUACAAACGACUUCGAGCAUAUGUACUUACACAUACUUUAGCAUUUAUGUUGGUGUGUGUAAAAAAUUAAGCGACUCAAAAAAACGACGAUUCGAAGUCGAAGUCGACAACGACGACGCCGACGCAGCAGCUGAGAAAAAAAGAAACAAAAUAACGCGCACAGAGUAAAGAGAGAAGCGCCGAUAAAGCCACCAUUUUACAGUGACGCAGAAAGAGAGAGCAAAGGCGCAUGUUAAACUAGUCAGCGCCUUAGGAUACAAGUUAAACAAAUUAAAGCAUUUAAGAUUGUCGUGUAAUACUAAUACAAACACGAAAUAUGGCUCAUUUUCAAAUACAUCGUGACAACGAAAAGGAGAAUCCCAGCAUGCUGAAUCUUAAGGAGAAAACUGCUGGUGCAAAGCAGCCACUGGCUGUCAUCGGUGGCAAGGAGAAGGCGAUGCAAGCGCGCGCAAAUUUGGCCGUGCUAAAUUCGAAUAUCAACCAUGGCAAUGUGCAACGCCCCAUUCCCGCGCCUUCCGGCAAAGUGGCUUUUCGUGAAGUUGGAAAUCUUAGGGUAGAUGAAAAUGCGGGCUAUUGCAACGCCAAAAAAUCGAAUGUGGUGCCUGUGGAAAAAUUCAAGACAUUCUCUGUUUACGAGGACAACAUUGAUACACAGGUGCAGUUGCAACUGCAACCUCACGUUGGAAAGCCCGCUUCCAAUGCCGCCGAGAAGGAGAAUGUGCACAAUGACACUUGCAAGUUUGACUCGAUCCACAAGGAGUAUGCCAUGCAGCAUGGCUUUGAUCUGGACACCACGCCCAUGUCCGUCACCGAUGUGCUCUCUCCAAUGUCGGUGGACCGUUCCAUGGCAGACGCCAGCAAUGGCCAAUUGUCGAGCGAGAACAGUCUGACCGAGAACAGUUUGGCCAAUUCCAUUGAUGCUUCUGUUGCCUCCAAGUUGGAGCUGUUGCCACGCAACGAUCGUCAACGCUUCUUCGAGGUGGUUCAGUAUCAACACGACAUUUUGCAAUAUUUCCGCGAGAGCGAGAAAAAGCAUCGGCCAAAGCCACAGUACAUGCGUCGACAGACUGACAUCAAUCACUCGAUGCGUACAAUUCUGGUUGAUUGGCUGGUUGAGGUCGGCGAGGAGUACAAAUUGGACACGGAGACACUGUAUCUAACUGUCUCAUAUCUGGACCGCUUUCUCAGUCAGAUGUCGGUGCAACGCUCCAAGCUUCAAUUGGUUGGCACUGCGGCCAUGUACGUUGCUGCUAAAUAUGAGGAGAUUUACCCACCAGAUGUUGGUGAGUUUGUCUUCCUUACUGACGACAGCUAUACGAAGGCCCAAGUGCUUCGCAUGGAGCAAGCUUUUCUAAAAAUUCUGUCCUUCAACUUGUGCACACCGACAGCCUAUGUGUUCAUCAACACUUAUGCUGUGCUUUGCGAUAUGCCAGAGAAGCUAAAGAACUUAACUUUGUUCCUUUGUGAGCUAUCACUGAUGGAGGGAGAUUCCUAUAUGCAAUAUUUGCCAUCACUAAUGUCAUCUGCUUCGCUCGCUUUAUCGCGUCACAUUUUGGGCAUGCCGAUGUGGACAGCACAGUUGGAAGAGAUAACCACAUACUCUUUGGACCAAUUAAAGGAUGUGGUGCUAAUGCUGUGCAAGACACACAAGGCUUCGAGCUCCAAAGAGCUAACCACUACGGCCAUACGGGAAAAGUACAAGAGAGACAAAUACAAGAAGGUGGCUUCAAUCGAGUCUAUAGAACUGAGCGAUCAAGAAUUCGAUGGUCUUUUGCAGUCUUACAAGGCGGCAAGCCGAUGCUUAGCGGAUCCGUUGCCUGGACUGAAUAUGAAUUCGAAAGUCAAUUUGUUUUAUAAGUUUUAAGUGUUUUACAACAGCAUCAGCCAUGAUCAAAUUGUAUUGUAGUGUAGUUUAGCGUUUUCAUUGUAAUCUUUCGAUUAGUUUUAUUCGUUUUAAGUGUAAGUACGAGUAUUAUAAGAACUGCUGCCAGCUGCCAAGACGCACGCGGAAUGAGAAGAGCACUGCCAUCUAGAUUAGAAGCAGCAUAUGAAUUGAAUUUGAAACAAUUUACACUGGCGAGCUAUUGGACAAUUAAAUAUGCUGACAUGAGCUACCACCAAGAACUCAACACACAUUACUGAAGAAAAACAAACAACGAAGAACAAAGUCCAAGUCCUCAGCGCAAGUUUGUCACGCAAAGCGUGCGCAGCAGCAGAUGAUUUCUAAAGAGCACCACAAGAUGAAAUGAAUAAAUACUAUAAACAUAACUAACAAUUAUCUUAAGCUACCUAAACACACAUUUUUAGUUAUUUAGUUGUUUUAUUGGCUCGAUUUCCUUGUAUUUUUGUUUUAUUCGUAUUUAUACACCAAUAUAUGAUAUGUAUACCAGAUGACUUUCAAAUAUGCAACUAAAACUCGGUCAAAAUAACAUAAUAUAUUUAUGCUAUAUGCUAACAAAAUAGGCUAUAAAUGUUCUGUGAACCACUCAACAAAUGUAACAAAUAUAUCAAGUUUACUACCAAUAUAAAUUACAUUUUACUCAGCCAUUAAAUGUAAGCUAGAAACUCGCCAAUUAACAAUACUAGUUCUUACAUUAUCUAUAAAUAUUUAAACACGCUUACUAAACGUUUAGUUCAACUUUUUAUCGUAAUAAAUCACUAUUUAUUUGCCAAGAGCAGCAAAUCGA